CUUACAUGCUGGCGGAUCGGAAUAUCCUUGCUUCCGAAGAGCUUAUCGAUUGUAAGAAAUCAGGUCCGUGCGUUGAUACUGAGGGUACGCUAUAAAGCCUACCUCAGCCUUGUCGAGGGGUAAACAAAUGAAGAAGAAGAAAGUUGAGAUCGAUGAAAGAUUGAUGAAACAACAGCCACCAACGUCGCUGAUGAAGAGAAGUUGAAGGUUGAAAAAAACAAGAAGGAAGGAAAAGAGAGAAGAAGAAGGUGCAAAAGGGUGGUAAACAAAGAACACACCUCGCCUCGCCCGCUACGCACGCUUCGCGUUUGAACUGGCCCCGACUGCUUUAGGACGUACUCUUUCCGCCAGAUUCCGGCGUGGGUCCGUUUGGUGGUCACACGCACGCCGAGAAGAGGGUAUAUCGGAGUCUCAGGCCGAGGAGGCGGACAGAGCGGCAACUAAGGCGGCAGCUGACCUAUCCACGGAACUAUUUGGAAGAAUUCCCCCACGCCGCAUACACACGCCCUCCUAUCUAUCCACGGAUUUAUUUGGACGAAACCUCUCACGCCGUCCUAUCUAUCCACGGGACAAUUUGGACGAAUUCUCCCACGCCGAGUUCACACACACAGAACAAUUUGGACAACACCCCCCAGGCCUCACAUUCGCACACACACCCACGCACCACCACCAUGCCACCACCCACCGAAUCCACCAUCCUAACCUCCUUCCUCCUCCCCCCCUCCCCCCUCCCCAUCAUCCUCCCGCCCAGCGCCUUCACCGCCCUCUUCCCCCCCUCCACCCCCGCAUCAUCCAUAUCACACCUCUACCGUCUCCUCAGCCACCAGCGCGCUCUGCUUUCCGAUGCGGUGAGGGCGGAUAUCGAGGAUGAGGUCAGGAGGGGGGUGGUGCAACGGAGGGCGGUGGUGAGGAGUAGGAGGGAGGGGGAGAGGGCGGGGGGGGAGGAGGAGGAGGUCGGGAUUGAAAGGGCUCUCUCCUCAACAAACCCCUCCCCCCUCCACCACCCCCGCCACCACACUCUUCGCACCAUCCUCCCCACUCUCGACACCGCAACCGAGGACAUCGAGACCGAAGUCGCCCUACUCGAGCUCGAAGCCGAGACGCUGCUGGCGGAGAUCAGGAAUACAGUUGGUGGAUUGAGCGAUCUCAGGUAUGGGAAGUUUAGGAAUCAGGAGGUGGGGGAGGGUGUUAGGGGGGCGUUGGAGGGGGGGAGUUAG